AGCAGAGCGGAAGUUGACAGUUAGCAUACCGUAGCUCGGUGUCUCCAGUGAGUGUGUGUGUGUCUGUGUGUGUGUGUGUGUGUGUUCAGGUGUGAACAUGUUACCUUUAUCUAUUAAAGACGACGAGUACAAACCCGCCAAGUUCAACCUGCUGCUCAAGCUCUCAGGAUGGUUCAGGUCGAUCCUCGCGGAUAAAACCUCGCGGAACUUGUUCUUCUUCCUCUGUCUCAACCUCUCGUUCGCCUUCGUGGAGCUGACGUACGGCCUCUGGAGCAACAGUUUAGGUCUGAUCUCAGACUCCUUCCACAUGUUCUUUGACUGCACCGCUCUGCUGGCAGGUCUGGCAGCCUCCGUCAUCUCCAGGUGGAGAUCCAACGACAGCUUCUCCUAUGGUUAUGUCAGAGCAGAGGUUCUGGCCGGCUUCGUCAACGGACUCUUCCUCAUCUUCACAGCCUUCUUCAUCUUCUCUGAAGGAGUCGAGAGAGCUCUGGAGCCUCCAGACGUUCACCACGAGCGGCUGCUUCCUGUCUCUGUCGCCGGUCUGCUCGUCAACCUGGUCGGGAUCUUUGUGUUCCAGCACGGAGGACACGGACACUCUCAUGGAGACGAAGGUCACGGUCACAGCCACUCUCUGUUUAACGGCAGUGUGAAUCAUGGACACAGUCACGGAGGACAUGACCACCAACACAAACACGCAGACUGGCAGAGUCACGGAGGACACGAUGGACACGGACACAGUCAUGGAGGACACGGAGGACAUGGACACAGUCACGGAGGACACGAUGGACACGGACACAGUCAUGGAGGACACGGGGGACAUGGACACAGCCACAGCGGCCAUGAUGAGUCACACUGUCAGGACGAGCUGCACACUCCGGGGAAAGGAUCCAGUAAACAGAUCCUGCAGGGCGUCCUGCUGCACAUCAUCGCUGACACUCUGGGCAGCGUGGGCGUGAUCAUCUCCGCUCUGCUGAUGCAGAAAUACGACCUGAUGAUCGCCGACCCCAUCUGCUCCAUGCUGAUCGCCCUCCUCAUCGGAGUCAGCGUGGUGCCGUUACUGAAGGAGUCCAUCGGGAUUCUGAUGCAGAGAACGCCUCCGUCACUGGACCACGCCCUCCCAGAGUGCUACCAGAGAGUGCAGCAGCUGCAGGGCGUCUACAACCUGCAGGAGCCUCAUUUCUGGACUCUGUGUACGGAUGUUUACAUUGGAACGCUGAAGCUGCUGGUUGCCCCCGACGCCGACACCCGCUGGAUCCUCAGCCAGACGCACCACAUCUUCACACAGGCUGGAGUUCGACAGCUGUAUGUUCAGAUCGACACGGCCGCCAUGUAGAAGCUCCUGCUCCUCUGAACACCUGGGACCAACCUCUGACCCCGCCCCCUCCCACACAGUCACUGGACAGACUGAGACCAGUGGGGGGAGGGGAACUAGACUGAUCUCCCAUGAUGCUCCAGCCCAACUCAAACAUCCCGCCCCCCCCCCCCCUUUUUAAAAUCGUACCUGUGCGUGUCGACGGGCACCGUGAUGACCCCCCCUUCCGCACUUUGUAGACUGGAGCAAAGCAUUCUGGGUAAGUGCCUUCAUCAUGAAUCAGAGACAAUCUGAGAGCCCGUUUCCUGUCCGGACGGCCCCCCCGCCCAACCCCUCUCUGACAUCACUGCUGGGACCAGACUGCUGCCAGCUGAUUGGUCUGUGAGUGUGUGAUGUCACUCUGUGUUCUUAACGUGCCAAUCCAUGUGACCAAACCAUGUGACCAGUCGGUGGGUUUCAGUCUUUUUCAACUGUAAUAAAUAAUUCUGUUUCUCUGA